AUGUUCUGCAUGGACUUUGAAGACAAAGAAGAUAUGAAUUGUUCGACUCGUCUUCGCUGUAAACUCUGGAACAUACUUAGUAAUCACGAUUAUUCCAAGCUGGCAAAGGUGUACGGCUUCAUUUCUUUAAGUUUCGUUAUAAUGUCAAUCUUCACGUUCAUCGCUGAGACUCAUCCAGCUUUUAAAGUACCUGGCACUCGGGAUAUCCUUGGUCGACACCAUCAUGGCAUCACUAUAAUUCCAAACGUUUCUCAUUCGAUGGUUCAGGAAGACCAACAACCAAUGAUACCUCACCACGCUCUCAUUAUAAUAGAUAUCGUGUGUCUUAUAUUCUUCACAUUAGAGUUCGUCCUACGACUCACGUGUGCACCGAAAAGAGUAAAGUUUUUCUUUUCAUUCCUCAACAUGGUCGACUUGGUUGCUUUACUGCCUGACUACAUCGAAGUUAUUGUUAUUAAUCACGUUCACAAUGAUUCCGUGUCGAGUAUCAUGCACUACAUCACCAUUUUACGCUUGAUACGUAUAUUGCGUAUCUUCCGACUUAUCAGACACGUAUCUGGUCUGUGGGUAAUGAUGUACACACUAAAGGCCAGUUUAGAAGAACUCAUGCUAAUGUGUGUUUUUCUGCUAGUCGGCAUGGUUAUAUUUGCAUCUCUCAUCUUUUUCGUCGGGGAGGAACAAUUCGACACUAUCCCUAUCAGUCUUUGGUGGGCACUUAUCACAAUGACAACAGUUGGGUAUGGUGAUAUGUACCCUACCAAGAACCUUGGGUAUGUGGUCGGAACGUUCUGUGCACUUGCCGGACUUCUAAUGAUAGGUUUUACAGUACCAAUAAUUGUUAAUCAUUUUGUACUCUUUUACACGCAUCUGCAAUCAGCUCUUCGGGCCGAAAAGCGGCAAAAGAUUGACCUUAAAGAAAAAGAAGAAGAACUUAAACUUUUUGCAGGGCGAGAAGAGUCCCAAAAAGAGGAAGUGAGUAAAGACAAAGAAAUAGAAAUAGGAGAACAUGCUGAUGCUCCACCGUCUUACAGUAGAUUUAUGGACAGCUUACAAAAGUGUAAACAAAAUGGGAUCAGAAAGGCUACUGAUGCUGUCACCGACGCAGAAUUGCAGUAUUUAUCGCACUCUCAAGCUAAAGUUUGCGAAAACGUUGAUGGCGGCAUUGAAACCUAUAAUAGUUUGUUCCAAUAA